AUGAAUAAUGGUCUUGCCUUCUUCUUAGCUCCCGUCGGUGGCAAUUUAAAUAGUGGAGGUGCCAUGGGGCUUCCCACAAGCUCUUUUUUGGCUGUAGAGUUUGAUACAUAUCAGAACAGUUGGGACCCUCAGAACAUUAAUCCUGUUACCCAUGUAGGUAUUAAUAUCAACUCUUUUACAUCUACUAUUACGGCAAUUUGGUAUAAUGAUAUGCCUCAUGGGAUAGAGAAUGAGGCUUGGAUAAGUUAUGAUUCUGGUUCCAAGAACUUGAGUGUGAUCUUCGCCGGUUUUAAAAACAAUACCAGAAUUAAAAGAAGCCUCCAUUUACUAGUUGAUCUAAGUUACUUGCCAGAAUGGGUUCAAUUUGGUUUCUCAGCUUCAACAGGAUCCGGUUUCGAGAAAAAUAGUGUGAAGUCAUGGCAGUUUACUACUAGGAAUCUAGAAUCUCCUCCACCUUUGUCGCUGGGAAAGAACAAAGGGAAGAAGAAUAGAUGGGCUCUUGCAGUAGGGUUGGCCGUUGGAUUGUGUGCUUUAGUGGGUUUGAUUGGAUUUGGCUUGUGGAAGAAGAGAAGAGGAAAAGAAGAGGAAACUUUUGGUUUUGAUCUGUCCAUGAACAGUGAAUUUGAGAGGGGUAGUGGGCCGAAGAAGUUCUCCUACAAUCAGCUAUCUCGAUCAACUAAUUAUUUUGCAGAAGAAUGUAAGCUUGGAGGGGGUGGCUUUGGAGGGAUCUGUAAGGGCUUCUUAAGGGAACUUAACUUCUAUGUAGCUGUGAAGAGGAUCUCAAAAGGGUCAAAGUAA